AUGGACCUCCGCCAGCAUACUGGUCAAGGAAAGGCGUUGACAUUGCUCAUUGAGAAGUACGGGCUGUUCGGUGCCUGGUCGGGUCCUACUUCCUCUGCGACGGGCUCAUCAUCUAAGGAGUCUCUUGGCCAACUCAUAUUGAAUGGGAUUUUCAGGCCUCUUAGCCUCAACACGUUCCAUGCGGCGUCACAAGCCAGAAUCAGCACCAAAGAUAAGCGAGCGCUCGCUGUCAAGCUUGGUUAUUGUCUCAUGGACUUUUUCGACGCCGACUUCACCUCGAAACGGAUUUAUUUCCUGGAUUUCUCGAAACCGGACCCCGAGGAAAAACUCCCGUACCUAGCUUUUGGCUCGAAGCUUUCGGUGACUGACGACUCAUACAAUUUCUGGAUAGGGCAUCCUACACUACUAUCUUUUGCAAAGCUAUUGCUAGAAAUGGACUGUGGCGAAAAUAUCGACCUAGAUAUCGAUCCCGACAAUCCCGACAAUAGUAAAAAUAAACUGGCGUGGGCUGAGCUAAUGGAUUUUCUAGAUCGCCUUGAAGUGGAGAGAAGCGACUCAUAUGUCCAAGCCAUAAGAGGCUGUCUUGUCGUUCAUAGGAAGAUAACGAAGGCUCUAAGGUCUCGCGACCUUGUGCGUGAAGAUGCGGAUUUAAUGAUACGAAAAAAUCUUCACAAGGAAAUUGUUCACAAACUCGAGCUUGGACUUGCUGAGUCUAUCCCUAGGUCUGCUCGCAAACGGCAACGCUCAGAGUCACCACCUUCCUCUGACCGCUGGGACUGGGCUCAAGCUGUCAGCUCUACAAAAGUGGCCAUGCGGUCUGUGAAGGUUGAACAAACAGCACCUGGACACAAGAAACGACUCGCCCCCGAACCACAGACGUGGCUUCCUGCUAACGGCUUGUGUGACGAUAAUACCCUGGCCGAGUACCCUGCAGACUCGUAUGUUUCCACUUACCUUGUCUUUCAAUACGGCCCCUUUUCUUAG